AUGUCUGACAUUGCGGCUCCUGAAUUUCUCAACGAAUUACAGUCUUUGUAUCCUGCACCAGCAAAAUAUGUCGACAGUAGCUGGUACCUAGCUGCCGCUGAGCAUUCAGCUCGAGCAACCACCCCGAAGCCGUCCCAUAUUGCUCGUGCGGAAGAUGAGGGAGGGUUUAUCUCGCUAUAUGAAGCUACCCCUGAAGAGCUUCGAGACACCGAGCUUCUGCGCGACCCCACUCGAUCGAAAGAGGAAGUUGCUGCUGCUGGUCAGGCAUAUUUUGAUCUGCAAUAUGGCGAUACCGCAGCGGAAAUUCAGCCCGUGCUUAGACCCAUAUACCCAGACCUUGUCAAUUUGAAUAGCAGCUCGCUGGUGCUGUUCGCAAUGGCGCAACAAUUGAGGAGGUCAGGGGCGUACGAGAAAUCGCCCUGA